CUCUCUCUCUCUCUGCAUAAAUAUUUAAGCUGAAUACUUGGAAUCAAAAAAGCAACAGCCAUAACAAGCUUGGAAUCUCACUCAUCAAUCUUUACUCUGUUCUCAUAUAUUGCUGUCAAAUUCCAUCUCCCUUCUGUUUCACACUCAUCAUGGCUUUCAGGACUCCAACUUACUGGAAAUCGAUGCUCAGUCGGCUAGGAGCUGGGAAAAGCCCCACUUUUGCCACUUCAACCACGCCCAAAAUGAAGGCCUUUGCCCUGCCUCUCGAUUUGGGCCAUGGAAAAGACACUAAACCAGGGGCGCCGCCGCCGUUGAAGGGAGAUUUCGUGCCGGUGUACGUCGCGCUGGGACUGAUCGGACUGUCGGCGACGUUGGGGAUGUACACGGCGAUGCACCAGCUGUCGCGCGCCCCCAAUGUGCGCGUCAGAAAGUCGCUGCGGGAGACGAUCCCGGAGGUGGUGGUGCCGGAGCUGACGGUGGAGGAGGGGGACAAGUUCAUCAAAAAAUCGUGGUUCAGGAAAUUGGCCCACAUCCAGGAGAAGGAUGAUCCCAUCGUCCCCACUCAUGUCAACUGCGAAAUUCUCGUCAAGCCACCGAAAGCGGAGACGCUGAAAGAUGUUGGUGUGGAUCCGAAGACAGAGUGAUUCAAUCGACACUUCCCACGAAAAUGUAAUUAUUGAUUUGCUGUAACUUUUUUGAGUGUAAAUAAUGGAAUAAAUUUUGUGUUAAGU